AUGUGUAUGCUGAGGAAUGGCAUAUUGGAGAGAAAAUUGAAGGUUUACAAGUACGUUGCUUUUCUUUUUACAAUAGUUGCAUAUGAGUCUAGUGAAAGAUGCUGCCUUGCUGCAAGAUUUCGAGAAGGCUUUGUACGAUGUAAUCGAAGACGUUCGGAAAGGGUUUUGACUCCUCUUCUCGAAAGGAUGGCCGUCUUGAAAGGAUUGAACCUGGCCAUUUCGGAUGAGGAUCCUCACAAGGGCAUCUGUAUGUUUCAUUGGCGCUUGAUCAAAUAUGGCAGGCCGGGUAGGCCAAUGAAAGAGGAAGAAGUGAAAGACUGGGAUGCUCCCGAAAGUCGUCUCGAGAAAAUUGAGCGUGAUGACUAUAUCGAAAGCGAUGACGAUGAAAGUUGUACCUCUUUUGAGCCCAACUAUGACGCUGGAGAUGGCAACGAAGGAGGUCAGGAAGGUCAAGACGCAAAAGAUAGACCCUGCUGUUCCAAGACUGGCAAGCCCGUGUCUUCACAUAAUAGAGAAGGGGAGCAACAACAUGAUAGCGACGACGAUGACACCACUGGACUCUCCACUUUAUCAGCUGCCAGUUUACGAAGGUAUCGAAAGUUCUUCAUGAUUCCCACAAAAGCCAGUGCGAGCAAGCAUGCGAUGUUAGAAGGAGUCGAGAAUCACUUCGAAAGACUUCCUGUACAAGCUAAUGAUACGAUUGCAUUCUUCAUUUACACUGCAAGGAAUCGAAUGAAUACUGUAGAAUAA